AUGCUUGUACAAAACGGUCCCGACUCCCCUUCUAUUCUUCUACGCGACCAUCGAAGAAGCAAGCAUGCGCAGCACGCUGGUCACAAUGAUCAGCGCCGAAGAUGGCAAUUUGUAGUUAAAGAGAUCCAAGACAUCACUAACUACGUCGCUCGCAACCAAGCCCCUGGGAGCAGCAACCCCAUUUCCCCAAGAUCUACCCAUCUCAUGAGCUCCAGUCAUGGGCUGAACAUCGCAAUUCAACACCGAGCUUGUUCCGCACAGCGGCAUGGGCGUCAACGCCUCCAAAGGUCUGCGCUGGCAUCUUUACAGCCGAUAGGGCUCUGGCAGAGCUGGGCCUCCUACCGUUUAGGAGACCAAGCUCUCCGGGACGGCAUGUUCUGCGACGAGCCCUUGUCGAUGGACUCGAAGGCUCGCUCCACUCGACUAUUUCUCGGUGGGCUAUCCCACGCGACAAGCGGCACGCGUACAGUAGUCGUCGGAAAGGCCUUUCAGCAGAGUUCCGGCGAUGCAUAA